AUGGUAGUACUUGAUAUCUGUUAUCUUUCCCAGGCAUCACGGAAGCACUAUUGUACCAAUAAAUAUGUAUGUGGUAAAGAAAACGUGGACGAUGUAUGUAAAUUGCUCCUAAAGGACACCAUUGGAGGAUGUCUUGAGUUCAAAAAUGCAAACAAAGUCAGAAAUCAUCCUUCUCUUCAGAUUGGUGGGUGUUUUGAGGUUCAUGAUAUAGAGGACCUAGUAAGCAUUGGCCAACGUGUAAAAGGUUGUUCGUACUUUGCUGCUCAAACUCUUGCGGCUGAAGCACAGUUAGUCUUUUGCCCAUAUAGCUACAUCAUAAAUCCAAUUGUUCGGAGAGCUAUGGAUGUUGAUAUCAAAGGAUCCAUUCUAAUUCUUGAUGAGGCCCACAAUGUUGAAGACAUGGCGCGUGAUGGUGGAACUGUGGAUAUUGAAGAAGAUGUGCUUCAUGCACUUCAGGCCGAAUUGGGGCAGUUGUGCAUGAAUGAUAAUCUUGAGAUGACAUACAGACCACUAUAUGAUGUCAUUCAGGGAAUUGUAGGUUGGAUCAAUAUCAGGAAAGAUAAUUUGCAGAGAUGUGAAUUUGAGCAUUAUUUGUCAACUUGGACUGGCGACAAGGCCAAGCAACAGCUUCAACAAAUUGGAAUUUCUCAACAAUACUUUCCUGUUCUUCAAGAAUGUGCCACAAAGGCCAUCAAAGCAGGAGCCGAGGCAGUUCCCGGUGAAACACAUUUAACUGGCAUUUCAUUAAUAACCCUUGAAGGACUAUUCUCCUCGCUCAGUUAUUUUUUCUCUGGAAAUGGAUGUCAUGCAAAUGAUUAUCAGCUUGCAUUGCAACGCUAUGUCAAGCGAGAUGGGAGUAAUGCUGCCAGUGACUGGACAAUCUCUCUAAGCUUGUGGUGCUUAAACCCUGCUGUCGUGUUUAAAGAGAUUGCAGAUUUGUCUCUCUCCGUGAUUUUGACAUCAGGAACACUCUCUCCUUUAAAUUCUUUUUCAUCUGAGCUUGGUGUAAGGUUCGACACUUGCAUGGAAGCACCACAUGUAAUUAAUGCAGAGUCUCAGCUUUGGGCAGCAGUAGUCUCUUCUGGUGUGGGUAACAUUCAGUUAAAUGCUAGCUAUAGAUCUGCUGAUAGUUAUGCUUUCCAGGAUUCACUGGGAGCAACAUUGGAGGAAAUUUGUAAGAUUGUACCAGGAGGUGCCCUUGUUUUCUUCCCUAGUUAUAAACUGUUAGAGAAGCUACAUGCUCGUUGGCAUAAGACAGGCCAAUGGUCUAGGUUGAAUGCACAAAAAGAGAUCUUCAUUGAGCCAAAAGGAAGUACCAAUGAGUUUGAGCCAGUUCUGAGAGGUUACUAUGAUGUGAUUUCUGGAAAAAGUAAAGCUUUUACAGGAAAAAAUAGGCUUGGUUUAAAGCGGAUGCUUAAACAUUCAAGUUUUAAGGAAUCUCACCAAAAUCUAAAUAAAGGAGCUGCUUUUCUUGCUGUUUGUCGAGGAAAGGUAUCAGAAGGAAUUGACUUUUCGGAUGACAAUGCAAGAGUAGUUGUAAUUGUUGGUAUUCCAUUUCCGAACAAGAAUGACAUUCAGGUGAUGUUGAAAAAGAAAUUUAAUGACACUUACAAGUCGUCAAAAAAUCUCUUAAGUGGGAGUGAAUGGUAUUGUCACCAAGCAUUCCGUGCCUUAAACCAAGCUGCAGGUCGUUGCAUCAGACACAGAUUCGAUUAUGGAGCUAUAAUUUUGCUAGGUAUGAUCAGCCAUCCAAUAUUUUCUUUUUGA